UACAUGAGCCUCACACCUAUCGUGAGGCUUCCACUGACCCUUUAUGGCAGAUUGCAAUGAAAGAGGAACUUGAUGCAUUAUCUAAAAACCAUACUUGGGAUUUGGUGACACUCCCUCCCGGGAAAUCUGUGGUUGGUUGUAAGUGGAUCUACAAGAUUAAGACUCGCUCUGAUGGGUCCAUUGAGCGCUACAAAGCUCGUCUUGUUGCAAAAGGCUUUACACAGGAGUACGGGAUUGAUUAUGAAGAGACCUUUGCUCCGGUUGCUCGUAUCUCAUCUGUCCGUGCCCUCUUAGCUGUUGCUGCUGCCCGUAAAUGGGAUCUUUUUCAGAUGGAUGUCAAAAAUGCAUUCCUUAAUGGGGAUUUACAUGAAGAAGUUUAUAUGCAACCUCCUCCUGGUCUCUCUGUUGACUCAAACAAGAACUCAAGGAUUUUCUUAGUCAGCAAUUUGAGAUGAAAGAUCUUGGACAUCUCAACUACUUCUUGGGUCUUGAAAUCACUCAUUCUACUGAUGGACUUUAUCUUACUC